CGCAAUCUCCCGCUUGGACGACAUCUCGAGAUAGAUUUGCUUUACUACCUAAGAAGCAUGCUUACCGUUUGGGACUGGUGGAUAGGGAUCUGGAAACCCGUGUGUGUCGGCGCCCAGCGCUACAGCACUAGGUUAUCCUACCUGCUUGCCGCCGUCGAAACCCGUCUCCUGAGCCUAAAGCUAUGUGCCGACACCCGCCGCCACCUGGACGACACGAGAGCUAGCGAUAAUCACCACCAGAGCAUCAGCAGCAGCAAUGGCAAAGACCACGAUGGCCGGCUCGAGACUCAAAGACUACUAACGGGCUUCUACAUGGCCGAGGCCAAUCCGCUAUUCUGUAAGGCGCUAGCGCAGCUGCAUAUCGCUAACAUGGCCCUCUAUUUUGACUUUCCGGAAAGGUACUUUGAUUUUGUUGUGCUUAAUUAG